AUGGCAAAUGAGUACACACCAUUAAUUACUACCGUUACCGUCGGCCCGGUACGACGAAGGUAUCCUCAUCAAACCAUUCGCCGGUUCUGUACUGUCGCUUUAGGCUCAUCGCUCAUUGCUCUUUUCAUCACAUUUCUCGCCACCGUUGUUUUCGCACCUCAGCAUAACACUUACCACGGAUGGCCCGGUCACCAUAAGAACCACCUCAGCUAUGAAGACCUCAAAACCAUCCUUUUAGAAACUCCAAGUUCAUCGAAAGCCACGGAGUGGAGUAGGUAUUACACCUCCGGCCCACAUCUGGCUGGUAAGAACUUGUCACAGGCGGAAUGGACGCGCGACAGAUGGAACGAAUGGGGAAUUAACUCCAAUGUUGUAGCGUAUGAGACGUACAUAAACUACCCGGUUGGUCAUCGUCUCGCUCUUCUGGAGAAGACCAAGUCAGGUGCCGCUGAUGCCGGGACUUGGAAGGUCGCCUUCGAAGCUUCCCUGGAAGAAGAUGUGCUCGAAGAAGACCCGACCUCGCAGCUAGAGGACAGUGUCCCAACAUUCCAUGGCUAUUCCGCGAGCGGGAACGUUACCGGCUCGUUUGUUUACGUGAACUACGGUACGUACUGGGACUUUGAAGAUCUCAUUAAAGCCAAUGUUAGCCUUGAGGGCAAAAUUGCUGUUGCUCGUUACGGUGGUAUUUUCCGAGGUUUGAAGGUUAAGCGGGCUCAAGAGCUCGGUAUGAUCGGAGUUGUUAUCUUCACUGAUCCGGGUGACGAUGGAGAAACUACAGAGGCGAAUGGGUACGGCACAUAUCCGGACGGUCCUGCGAGGAAUCCUAGCAGUGUUCAACGUGGAAGUGUUCAAUUCCUAAGUGUUGCGCCAGGGGACCCAACAACGCCCGGCUACCCUUCCAAACCAGGCGUACCCCGAGCCCCGGUUGAUAAAGCCAUCCCAAGCAUCCCAUCCUUGCCGAUAUCAUACUUGGAAGCGCUACCAAUACUAAAAUCCUUGAAUGGAAUUGGACCUCGGGCUCAAGAUUUCGGCCAAUAUUGGACUAGGAAUAUCGGUCUCGCUUAUAAAGGAGUCAAGUAUAAUAUUGGGCCCUCGCCGGAUGACAUUAUGCUCAACCUGUACAACGAACAGGAUUAUACUAUAACGCCGAUAUGGAAUGUAAUCGGCAUCAUUAACGGCACUAUUCCUAACGAGGUUAUUGUGGUUGGCAAUCAUCGAGAUGCAUGGAUAGCUGGUGGUGCAGGUGAUCCCAAUAGUGGAUCCGCCGUUCUAAAUGAGGCUAUUCGCAGUUUUGGCAAGGCUUUAGAAAAGGGGUGGAGGCCCCUGCGGACUAUAGUCUUCGCCAGCUGGGAUGGUGAAGAAUACGGUUUGGUCGGUAGUACUGAAUGGGUUGAGGAGUACUUGCCUUGGCUAACAGCCGCCAAUGUUGCCUACAUCAACGUCGACGUUGGCGUUCGCGGUCCAAUUUUCUCUGCUUCGGCCGCACCUCUGCUACACAAGUUAAUUUAUGACGUGACCGCCUCGGUACAGUCUCCAAAUCAGACCAUCAAAGGCCAAACUGUACGUGAUUUGUGGGACGGGCGCAUAAGUACAAUGGGGAGCGGUAGCGACUUUACAGCCUUCCAGGACUUUGCAGGAGUACCCAGUCUUGACAUCGGCUUCGGUGAGGAGACUGUCAAUUCCCCGAUCUACCAUUAUCAUAGCAAUUAUGAUAGCUUCCAUUGGAUGUCUGAGUUUGGCGAUCCUGGCUUUAUAUAUCAUAAGACAAUGGCGCAAGUUCUUGGUCUCAUUACCGCGAAACUUGCCGACGUACCGCUCCUCUCCCUUAACGCAACAAACUAUGCCGACGAGUUGAAAGAGUAUAUCAAGAAGGUCGAGACAAAGCUGACGACCUCUCAGCCAAAGCUAUCUACCGAAAAAGACGUAUUCGAGUUUAGAGCCCGUCCUGCUGGCACUGGGGUAAAAGGCGACCCCGAUAAUCUGAAAAACUCACUGGGUCGCUUAUACCAGUCUGUGGAUGCAUUUAAACUAUCAGCUAUUAAACUAGAUACCAAGUCGGAAAGGCUAGCGAAAGAAGUGAGCAGACACAUCCCUUGGUGGAAAUGGAUUAGCAAGCUCAAGCUGGUGCAUGAGAUCCGGUCAAUCAACACCAAGUACAAGAAGGUUGAGCGCGCCUUCCUAUACCAACUUGGGUUGGACGGUCGGCCUUGGUUCAAACAUAUAGUUUUCGCUCCCGGAAUUUGGACCGGCUAUGCAGGCGCUGUAUUUCCUGGACUCGACGAGAGUAUCGACAAGGAAGAUUACGUGAACGCUAUGAAGUGGGUUUACAUCAUUGACGAUUGUAUCAAGACCGCUACCAAGACAAUCGAAUGA